AUGGUGAGGUGCAUGUCAGGAACAACAGAGCCUUUUAAGGUGGAGGUGGGGCUGCACCUGGGGUCAACACUGAUCCCGUUCAUGUUUGCCAUCAUUAUGGAUACUUUCACAGACAACAUCAGGAAGGAAGCUCCAUGGAGCAUGAUGUUCGCGGACGAUGUGGUGCUCUGCUGCAAGGGGAAAACCGAGCUGGAGGAGAACCUAGAGAGGUGGCGUGAUGGACUGGAGAAGAGAGGAAUGAAAGUCUCGAGAGUGAAGACAGAGUACAUGUGCUUGAACGGAGUGCUCGGAGGAAGCGUACGGAUAAAGGACCAACUGUUGCCAGUAAAGUAA